UAUAAGCAAAAAGAAUUCGUUUUGUAAAAGCCAAAGUGUGAAGACCCCAGCAAUGGCCACUGCCGCCGCCACAACCACAGCUGCCGCCGCGUCACAUUUGUUUGGGACCCGGAUCCGGAUCCCCAACCCGAGUUCCGGCAGGUUCCAGGCCCGUUUUGGGUUUGGCCGAAAGAAGACAGAACCACCGGCAAAGAAAGCAACCCCAAAGUCGACAGCCGGGUCGGAGCGGCUGGUUUGGUUCCCAGGCGCGACUCCUCCAGAAUGGCUGGACGGGUCGAUGGUAGGUGACCGUGGGUUCGACCCGUUCGGGUUGGGAAAACCGGUGGACUACUUGCAGUUCGACCUGGACUCGCUGGACCAGAACCUUGCGAAGAAUGUAGCAGGAGACGUGAUCGGAGUGCGAGCCGAGACGACUGAGCUGAAGCCGACGCCGUUCCAGCCGUACAGCGAGGUCUUCGGAUUGCAGAGGUUCAGAGAGUGUGAGUUGAUCCACGGGCGUUGGGCUAUGCUCGGCACUCUCGGCGCCGUCGCCGUGGAGGCUCUCACCGGCGUUGCAUGGCAAGAUGCUGGCAAGGUACGUAUAAACUACAUACGGACCUAUAUACGCAUGAAAACAGAUAUACGUACUUGCAUGGUUAAUUCGUUUUCUUUUGUUGUGUGCGCGUGUGUAUAUGUACAUAUAUACUUUAAUUUCAUCUUUCUUUCUUUACAUUUCAGUGUAAAUAUUGCAUGCCUUAAUCGCAUAUCUAUAUAUAUAUAGCUC